AUGAGGGACGAAAUUAGAUCAUGUUGUUUGCGCACGAAAACCGCCCUCAAAAAGAUCAUAACAUUCGUUCUUUCGCAUGUCGGCUUAUGCGUACUCGUCGGAGCCUAUGCGAUCGGUGGCGCUUUUCUUUUUCGAGCUAUCGAGUAUCCGAACGAAAUGACUUUUCAAGGGCACAUCAAGAACAAAACGAAACUGGUCGUUGAAGAGCUUUAUGAGUAUGUGAAAAUGCAGGAUGUCAUCGAGGAAACGGCGGUAAAAUCGAAAAUGCUUGAAUUGUUGAAAUAUUUUGAGAAAAAUCUCACGAAUGCAGUGAAUUAUGAGGGGUACGAUGAAGCCGAUGAAAUGCGAACCACUCAGAAAUUUCAAUGGACUUUCUCGGGUGCUUUACUUUACUCAAUCACUGUUUUCACUACGAUUGGUUAUGGUCAUAUUUGCCCAAAAACCGUCCAGGGCAGAGUACUCACGAUUUUCUAUGCAAUGCUCGGCAUUCCACUCAUGCUGCUAUGCUUAGCGAAUAUUGCUGAAAGCUUGGCAUCGGUGUUCACGUAUAUCUACUUUAAAGUCUGUUGUGCGUAUUGUCGAUGGCAAAAGAAUCGACGCCGAGUGAGGCGCGCGGCGCUCUCUUUCCGUUAUCAUCCGAAUGCUGCGAUCAACGUGAAACGCGCGCAAUCCUCACGAUCAGCACAACGGUACAAUACGGUACGACGGCACACCUCGUUGAAUCGUCCCAGGCGUCCGUUGAGUGACACAAAGAGUGUGCGCUCAUUCGAUCGACGAUACGAGGCACAACCGAGAUUUGAAACAAUGUCUCUGCCGGGUCGUCGAAAGAUCAGUCACGGAAGCAGAAGUCCCAAUGGAACGAUGAGGCGGCCACCAGCUAAAAAGGCACAAUUGCAAAAAUCGAACACAGCAGUGAAUAUCGAUUUGAUUGAGUUGGAGGAAAGAAAGCUGAGACGACCACAUAAAGGCCGUCAUGCAGUGAGUGAGAGUCCAGCGCGGCAGAUAAGAGGAGGAAUCGUUGUGCGUGGUAGAGAGGGCGAUGGAGUGCUUGAUUUGAAAGAUUUCUCACCGGGAACCCUUGUUGAAUUGACGCGGCAAAGCAGCGAUCGAGCCAGACGUCCACAAGGAGGAUCUUUCCGAAGACGAAUCCGAGAAGAAACCCAUGGAAUGGUGCCUAAUGUUGUCAUUUCUAGAGACGAUGAGCAAAAGAUUCAUAGUGAUGGAGAAAAAGAAGAGACUAGUGCUCAGCUCUCAUUCUCUGAUGAUGAUUUACAUUAUGAUCCGGAUCGUGAUCGACCAAAACGAGUUCACGGAAAAGAUCCAUUGAGGGAAUUGCAACGAGAAGCUUAUCAAGCAUCAAAACAGAACUCUCUCGAUACAAAUAGUGGAAGAGGUUAUCGAAUGAGGGAUGAGUUGGAUGAGCGGCGAUCGUAUCGAUCUCAAAGAAGUGACGAGUUAUCUCUGCAUUCGACUCGAAGGCAACAAUAUGGAUCAGAACAAGAAAAAAUGCCGGUGACGGUUGGUAUUUGCAUUGUGACGGCGUUCAAUGUCGGCGGUGCAAUGCUUUUCACUUAUUGGGAGGGUUGGUCGAUCUUCGAUGGCGCUUAUUAUUGCUUUAUUACGCUCAGCACCAUUGGCUUUGGGGACAUUGUGCCCGGACAAUCGGUUGACGAUGAUGCUCAGGAAAAACUCCUUGGUUGUGCUCUGUAUCUUCUAUUUGGAAUGGCUCUGAUUGCUAUGUGCUUUAAAUUGAUGCAGGAUGAUGUCGUUCAAAAGGCUCGCUGGCUUGGGCAAAAAGUCGGGAUUCUCGUGAAAGAAGAGCUGAGCGAGAGUGAAUUUGAGUUGGAUGACGACGAUAUUUUGGAAGAAGAUGACGAGGAUGAUGUGCUUUCGGAAGAGAAAACGGAUCAGGAUAAACGAACGAUCUCUUCGGGUUCCUCGAAAGCACGAGACGAAGAGCAACAAACGAGACGCUCAAGAAGGCAU